AUGAAGUCCCUCAAUAUCAUUAUCGCGGCCUUGGCCAGCGUGGCUGCCGCCGGCUCCGAGCUCAACGCCCGACAGGAACCUGCUGCCAGUGUCCAAAGUCCUCCUCAGAGUCGCUCGACUACGUGCGCAACCUCCCACAACAGCGAAACUCCCCCCCAGUCUUCAAAAGAACAGGUCAUGGCAAGGACCCAGAAAUGGAAGACUGAAUACUGCAGCCGCCCCGGCGUCAACAAGACCAACUGUUUGAAAGCCGCAACUCACUGCGAGUUUAGCCAGCCCGAGCAAGCCCAGGUGGAAGAAUGCAUCGACCAAAACCACGCCUGUCGAGACUUGGGGGCCUACCUUGAUGAAUGCUUAGACAGGGCGGCAAAGUGUAGGAAGACGGGCGAGGCGCCCCCGGGGGAUGUGAACAAGCUUUGUCUCUGUGCUGUAAAGGACUUUGACAAAAACCAAGUAGGGUGGGACGAAUACUGGCCUAACCAGUGCGACUUGAUAACCAGAUAG